CAAAGUAACCAGAAGGAAAUACGACACCGAGUUAACGAAAAGACUGUUCCCGUCCCGUACAUUGGUUUCAUUUCAUACAUAUAUUCCGUGCACCAAAUGUCCGCGAACGAAAACGACCCAGAUAAUAAUCCGGACGUGAUACUGGAGAAGUUGCUGCGCAAGGCCCGUGCGAAGGAAUCGCGAUGGGAUCGGAUCCGUCGCAAGCACCUGAACAACCUGACCGUCACCUCCAAGACGGUGAAAAAGUUCAUCAACAUGGAUUUUGUGGACGAGAACCAGCUGAGGUUGAUGAUGGCAGGCGAGGGGGCUGGUAGUGGAACGCCCGGCAAUGGGAAACCGAUGCUCGAUCCGGUGCUGGUGAUGGACAUCCGGCACGAGAUGAUACGCCGGAAGGAGGAGAAGGGUGGCGAGACGCGCACGAAACCAUUCAUCGAUCCGGUCAAGGCGUACCAGCUGGAAAAUCUGGAAAACCAUAACCGUUCGAUCGAGCUGACGCUCUGCGAGAAUGAGCUGAACAAGUUCCGCAAGCAGCUGGAACACAUGGGUGGAGCAGGGAAUGGGAAGAAGGCGCAGGUGAGCUCCCAGAAGCGGAGCAUUCUGUACAUUAACAUCCCGAAGAUUGACAAUGGGAUGAUUUACGAGAGCUUGGAGGAGUGUGAGCGGUAUACGACACACUUUUACCAGAGCGCCAUCGAAGGUUCGGAGCAGCUGUUUGAGGAGAUUCAGGAUGAGCGGCCGUUGGGUAAGCAGACAGCUACAAUUGAAGAGAUUAUUGAAAGAGAGGAGCAGGAGAACAUUGAGAAGGAGUCGGCUCACGUAGAGCCCAAUUUCGGAGCAUUGGAUGACCCGAGCAAUGGUGUAGUGGAGUACGCACCCAAUGGAGUCCACCACGAGCCGGAAGAAGAUCCGGCCGAAGAUCAGGACGAAGACAGUAAGAUCGUGCGGUUUGGCAAUACCGAGGUCAUCACCUUUCCGGCAGACGAUUCCUCGUUCUCCCUCGGUUCCGAGUACGAUUUCGACGACCAUGAUCUCUUCCUGGAGUCGCUCGACUCGGACGUGGAUGAGUUUGACGAGACGGAGUUCCAGUCGACCGACAGCACGGCGGACCAUUCCGGUGCGAAUGAGGACCGCAGCGGCAAGCGCGAUUCCCUCCCGACCGAUAGCAGCGAGUGUCUCACCAUAUCGCGCAUCGACACGUCGCACAGCGGCUCGAAGGAGGACCAGGACACCAGUUCGGCCUUUUCGCGCCGCAACAGGCUGGCCUACGAGUACGAUGAUGAGGAGGAGUCGGAGCUGUUGGAAAUUGCACCGGCCGCGGAGAAGCUCUCCAAAGCGGACCCGAUCGUGGUGCGGAAGUGUGAUCUGAAGGAUUACAGCGAGCUGUGCGUUACCAACUACCGGCCCGACUCGGGCGCCGCCAAGGACGAUCGCGUCGAGCUGACGGAGGAGUCGCGCAAGCUCAUCAGCAAUGCGCUGAAGGAGGGCUACCUGCAGAAUCACGACCGUGCCGUGCUGAAGCAGUACUUCUUCAAGUGGCUGCAGUACACGAUCUUGGAGAAGAUCUCCAAGGGGGCGGGCGUUACGAGCACGCGGGAACAGAAGCUGAAGCGCAUCAACGACUUCAUCAGCAACAUCCGGCACAGCCGCAAAAAGGGCGCACUGCGCAGCAAACCGUCCACCGACUCGACCGGCCAGCCCACCUCGGUCAAGAAGGAGUACGAGCAUCGGCUCAAGGUGCAGCAGGACAUUAUCGAGCUGCAGAAGCUGAAGCUCGAGCGGCAGGAGCGCAUCAUUACCGAGCUGAAGCUGUCCAAGUUUUCCGAAGCGUCCAAAAUCUCCAAGGCGGAAAUACAGAGCGAGCUGCUGAAGGCGGCCCGCACCGGCCAUGUGCGGCUGCGGGCGAAGGCAAAGUGCAUUCAGAUUGUGGGCAACAUCAAGGCGGACACGUCGGAGGAGGAUGAGAUGCGCAAGCUGCAGGCGCAGGGGCUGAUGAUACCGAAGUUUCUCGCCAAGAUGCAGCAGCGUGCGCUGGAGCGUAGCCAGCGGCACCAGGAGGCGAAGGAGCGCCGGAUGCGCAUGGAGAAGGAGCGCGAAGAUGCGAAGCAGGCGGCGGAAGAGGCGAAGCGCCACGAGGAUGAGGAAGCGCGCAAGCGGCGCUACCGGGAGAUGCGCGAAAAGCGCAAGCUCGAGAAGCUGCAGAAGAUUAUACGCGAGCAGGAACGGCAGGCCUGGAUCGCUAACAAUCAGAUCGCAAAGGAGUUCCGGUUGCUGAAGCUGAAACGGUUCGGCAUGCAUGCGUUCAAGCUGCUGCUGGGCAUACGGCACGAGAAUGAGCGCCGCUCGAUCGCUUACCGGAGGCGGUACUACAAGCGCAAGUACUUCCGCAAGUGGUGGUUCCUCACGAACGCGCUGUGGGAGAGCAAGAAGGCGCUGGCCGAUGGGAUGCACGAGUACAAGCUGUACCGGGUGGCCGUCCGACACUGGAAGAUGUACAUGCACGAGCAACGAUGUAAGUUGCAGGUGGCCAUCGAUUGGUACGAGGUGCGAAUGGCGGAAAAGGUCAUCUCCAUCUGGAUCGGCAAGACGAAGCAAUCGCUCAUGAUACUGCACGGCAAGAUGUCCCACGCUGCUUCCCACUACGAAUGGCAACUGAAAUGGAAAGUGUUCGAGCGGUGGCAACGUUUGCACAUUAUCCUGCGCAUCGAGAAGGAAACGGAGAUGCGUCGCCAGCGCUGGCGCAUGAAGAUCUGGGAGCUGCUGCCCGACUACAAGCCCAUCGAGGAGGACAUCUAAGGGUCAGGAUGCUCCUCCACAGCAAGUCUGAU